UUUUCUUCUACUAGUUCACUUUCUUUCUUGUUCUUGUUCUGUCACUUCCUUGAGAAAAUACGUCUCACAGAAUGGGGAAAUGCCAGAAAAUUAGUCAGAUCGUCCGGAUCCGACAAAUGCUCAAGCAGUGGCGAAGGAAUGCUCGGAUAACGGCCAACAAAAACAACAUCAGUAAAAACCAGCAAACGCCGACUGAUGUUCCGGCUGGACACGUGGCGGUCAUCGUUGGCACCAGUAUGAGGAGAUUCAUCGUACGCGCGACGUACCUUAACAACCCAAUGUUCAGAAACUUGCUCGUACAAACCGAAGAAGAGUACGGUUUCAACAACGACGGACCGUUAACCAUCCCAUGCGACGAGUCGUUGUUCGAGGAGAUUCUCCGAGUCGUAUCCCGAUCCGACUCAUCGUCAAACUCGGGACGUUUCUCCAGGUUCGAGGUUCUCCAGAGAUGCUGCCACGUCGGAAUGAAGACUCAACUCGGGGUUAUCAGCGAAUCCCGACCGUUGCUUCAUGGGGUUGCCGAUAAAUCAAUCCACUAAAAGCUAAAGCAAGCAUAGUAUAACACCGCUAAUCCUCACUCAAAUGUGUUACCCGAGUUGGAAGCGCUAACAACUUCAUUCUGAGGCCAAGUUUACUAGGAAUUAGUUAUUAUUUUAUUUGAGUGAUUAGUAGG